AUGAAGUUCUCUCGUGUGCUUUCUGGCUUGGCUAUAUGUAGCUUAGCAGCAUGUGAGUCUUCUAUGGAGCUAUUGGAAUCUCUUCGUGAAAUCCCACAAGGUUGGAUUCAACUCGAAAGACCUAGUCCGCUCAAGACAAUCAAACUUCGAAUUGCCUUAGAACAACCAGAUCAUGAGCUUUUCGAGCAGAAACUUUAUGCUGUUUCAUCUCCUGAUCACGUUGAAUAUGGCCAACAUCUUGACCGUGAGGAACUCAAGAGAUUCAUCAAGCCAGCUGAUGAAACUACUCAUGCCGUUCUUUCAUGGCUAGAGAAGUCUGGUAUCUCGGAAUCAAAUAUUCACAACGAUGGUGAAUGGAUCAAUUUCCGAACUUCAAUUUCACAAGCGGAAGAAAUGUUGAAUACUACCUUCCAUUACUACGUUCAUCAAGAUAUGAGGAACAAUAAGCAAAUUCGGACGUUGAAAUACUCGGUUCCACAGGAGAUCUCCAGUCACAUUACAAUGAUUCAACCUACAACCAGAUUUGGCCAAAUUAAAGCACAAAGAAGCCAAAUGUUUCGUGAGGAUUUUUCAGCCCUUGCUUUACCAUCACUCAAUACUACUGCCUGCAAUGUUACAAUUACUCCUCAAUGCCUCCGAGAUCUUUACAACAUCGGUAAUUAUACAGCAAAGGCCAACCCCGAGUCACGUCUAGGUGUUGCUGGAUACUUGAGUCAAUGGGCAAAAUAUGAUGGUCUAGAGGCUUUCUUGGAGAAAUAUGCUCCAUAUGCUAUUGGCCAGAACUUCUCUUAUGCUCUCAUUAAUGGAGGAUUGGAUACACAAAACUCAACACUCGAUGAUGGAGAAGCGAAUUUGGAUAUGCAUACAGGUGGAAGAGGGCAGUUAAUUCCGGAUCUUGAUCAGCCAACAUUAGACAAUAACCAAAAUGAGCCAUACUUGGAUUACCUCAACUAUAUGUUAGGUCUACCAAAUAAUCAACUGCCACAAACAAUCACAACCUCAUAUGGCGAAGACGAACAAUCUGUCCCAGAAGCUUAUUCCAAAACUGUCUGUAAAAUGUUCGGUCAGUUAGGUUUAAGAGGUGUAUCUAUCCUGUUUUCUUCUGGUGAUACCGGUGUAGGCUCUGCCUGCCAAACGAACGAUGGAAAGAACACAACACGUUUCUUGCCAAUUUUCCCAGCAGCUUGUCCUUAUGUUACUUCAGUAGGAGGAACACGAUAUGUCGAACCAGAAGCCGCAGUUUCUUUCUCAUCAGGUGGAUUUAGUGAUAGAUGGCCAAGGCCUUCAUAUCAAGAUGAUGCUAUUAAGGGAUAUUUGAAAAUUUUGGGGGAUAGGUGGAAGGGUCUUUAUAACCGACACGGUAGAGGAUUUCCCGAUGUUGCAGCUCAGGGUGUUAGAUUUCAUGUUGUGGAUGUCAACUCCAUCACCGGCGUCGCAGAAGAUCAACUACUUUCUGGCACCAGUGCCUCCUCCCCAGCUUUCGCAGCAGUCAUCUCCCUCCUCAACAAUGCCCGUCUAAACGCCGGUCGUAAACCCCUCGGUUUCCUCAACCCUUGGCUCUACUCCAUCGGUAAACAAGGACUCAAUGAUAUCGUAAACGGUGGUAGCACGGGUUGCACAGGUAAGGAUAUUUACUCUGGUUUACCGGCGCCGUUUGUCCCAUAUGCUAGUUGGAAUGCUACGAAAGGAUGGGAUCCAGUUACUGGGUUAGGAACCCCGGAUUUUGCGAAAUUGUUGAAGUUGGUUGAGGGGUAUUAG